AUGUUGUACACCCCACCUGACCUGGACGGGAGCCCCGGAAGUCCGCACACUGGUAGCCAUGACGAUGCCGACGAGCAGUUUGCAUUCGACCCUUUGGUCGGUGGAUGCUACGGAUCUCAGACCAAGGAUGCUUCGCUUGAGCGAAGCAUGGGAUCCCUUCAGGUUCGCGACCGUGAGACUUCGCACUCGCAACUGGCCGUGGUCGAGGUGGCCAAGCAGGUAGUUGAAAUGAAGCGACUGGAGGCUUCCACAGCGGUGGAGCUCGAGCGGCUGAAGCAGAGCGGUGCGACGGAAAGGACGCGGCUUUUGGAGGAGGGCCGGACACAGCGCAGUGCUUGUGUCGCAGCCGUGAUGAAGCGCGUCAUGGAAGAGCACCAUCAAACAGAACGACAGAAGAUCGAGAGCACGGCACAAGUGCAGCAGGCUACCAUUGCUGCGCGUGUGUCAGAGGCCGAGGCGCAAGCAAACACGCCCGCCCGCCCCAUGAGCCACUGGUUGCUCCUGUGGCUGUGUUUGGGACAGUCGCGAAGGGUGCGGAAGGUGGGGUUCCCUGUUCUGCGUGUUGCCGGCUUUCUACUGGUUCUGCGGGGUAUCUGGAGCUCAGGGUUCAAAAGCACGCCGGUCACCCUGUUACAGCGAGCGUGGCGGGCGGUCAGCACGUCUCUUCAGCAGCAGCUGCGAGAUCAGCUACAGCCGCUGCAGCUUUCAGAGCGAGAUCGGCUCCCGGAGCUACCAGAGCUGCCAAGCUUGGCAAGCGCGAGCAAUGCGAGCAGUACAACCUCAGGUCAUAAUCUCAACACAUUUCACAAGGAGCUGGAGGACCUGGGUCUCGCAGGCUACUUGGAGGAGCUGCCGCAAGUGGCUGCAAGUGGCUGCAAGUGGCUGCAAGGCAUGCAAGGCGAGUUCUAA